AUGAAUUAUGAUGACUUUGCAUGUAUUGCAUUAAGUUGUUGUGGUUCGAGCUCUGAGUUUGGUCAGAUUAUUCCACUUGUUCUCGAGAAAAUCAAACAAGUCAUUGCGAACAAGCAUUUAGAUCCACCAGAAGAAGACAAAACAGACACAUUUCUUACAUUUUUCAUACCAGAUUUCCUUCGAACUCUUUUAUCUAGCAGCAGCUAUCAAAGUUCGGAUUAUAGAGACAUUAAAAUCUUAUUACGUGAUCUUCUAGAAUUAUCUACCAAAUUCUUUUAUGAUGAUACAUAUAAGAAAACCAUUUUUAGUAUAGAUACUCUUCUUUUUACGAAAAAUUCUGCACUUUAUCAACAAAAUGACCCUACUUCAAUGUUUUAUACAAUAUGGCAUUCAUUUAUAGAAAAUUCAAAGUUUUACUUUAUAGAAUUAAGCCACUGUAUUCAAGAUAAUUUCGGUCAAGACGAAUCUAUCUUUUAUUUCGUAUUCGAUGCUUACAAAUUAUCGGGCAAAGCGGCAGAAUUCAAGAUCUGCGUCGAAAAUGCCCUACAAUCAUACGUCAAUUUUCUUUUUGGAAUUGAUUCAAUUUUAGAAAAAGAACCGCAGAGGCUAAAGGAGUUUCAAUUCAAAGCAUUGCCACUAUUUAUCGAACUUUUACCUGAAUUACGAUCAAUACAAGCCUUAUCUUUAUUGAAUAUCUUGACAAAUUUGUUGAAUUCUACACAACACAAAACGAGACUACUCGGUGCAGAUAGUAUAGCACAAAUAGCGAGGAUCUCUCAGUUCUCAAUUGCCAUUUCAGACUGGGCCAGGCAAGAAAAAAUCAAAAAAUCUUUGUUGAACCCUGUCAGUGUUUCUUUAUGCAAUAGUUUAUCUCCUGUUAUACAAGUUUGCCUCAAAAACGGUAACAUUGAGUUCGAAUUGUUCACUGAAUUCAUAAAUGAAUGUAUCAAACAACAAAUUUCGGAAUCAACCAUUUCUGACUUCAUUUCAACAUACUGUGAUAAUUUCCAAGUUGAUAAACAACCAGAAUUACUUGAAAAAAUACGUUCUGUCGAAAUUACAGAAAAUAAUAUUGAAAUUUUCGCAAAAAUCCUUAGUAAUUUGGAAUAUCACAAGAAAGAAGCCUUAGAAAUACUAAUAAAAUGGUCUGAAAACAAAGAACUAAGUAAUGACUCUCAAAAAAUUUUAUUAAAUUAUAUUAUUAAAAUUGUUGAAAGAGCCUCGAGUACUAGUAUACCUGAAUGUGCUGUAGACUAUGCCAAUCGCCUUAUUGAAGAAGAAGAUUUCGAUAACGCAUUGAAAAUAUACACAAAAUUAGUGAGAUAUAACAUUUGUUCAAAAGAUGUAAUUCAAGAAUUUAUAAAAAGUGACGGAAAAUUACGAAAACUUGGUUUUGAUUUAGAAAUACAAAGAUUUAGUCAAUUCGAAGAAAUGAAUUUGAAGAAAUAUAAUGAUAGAAUUGAUGAUUAUUUCUGGUACUUCAUAAAUGAACUCAUUAAAGCAUCAAAAUUCAGAGUUUAUAAUAAUCCAAAUAUGUCAGAAUUGAAACAAAUUGCGAAAGAAUAUGAUUAUUCAAAGGCUACACCUUCUUUUGUUGAUUUCGUUGAACAGUUAAGUACUGAUAGUCCUAUAUAUCUAUUUAGAGUUGUUAAAGAAUGCGAAAAUCCUGAAAUAACAAAAAUUGCAAUAGAUAAAUUAUUAAAACGUGGACAAAAUUUGUCUACAAUCAUAGAAAAGCAAGUCAUUGAAAAUAUUGAUAAUUUUAAUGAAUCAUUUAUAAGAAUUAUUCCUAUUGUUGAUUUCUUUUUCCAAGAUUUGACAAAUUUUCAUAAAUUUGCCAAAGCAAACAUUAUUCCUCACUUUUUGCCAAAAACAAUUGAUGUUAUUUUUGUAUUAGGAAGCAGAGAAGAAGAAGUAACAGUUACAGAAGACGAAACUGCAGAAGAUUUAGUUGAACAAGCAUCAGUUGUUUUCAAAGAAAAAGUAAAUCUUCGUGAAUUUUGGUCAGUUCUUGAUACUGUGAAAAAUCGAGAAAUAAAAGAAGGUGAAGAAAUUGUUUUUGCAAAACCAAUAAUUGAAUUAAAUAAUGUUGUGAAGAUUAAUAGCAUUAUUAAGUUCAUUAAUCAUGGAUUAACUGAAAAAUUGUUGGUUUUCGUUAAUGAAAAAAGUGACAUUUCAAAAAGUGACAUGGAAAAGAUAUUUAGCUUGAUAAAUAAAUUACCAACAUCGCAGGACAUCAAAGAUGCUUUGAAAGAAAAAGAUAAAACACUAGAACUUCUAGAAACAGCCAAAAACAUUUAUUAUGUCAAAUAUAUCUUUGAAUCAAUAAGAAAUUUAAGUCAAUGUUCAAAAGAUUAUUUGUUGAAAGAUGAUAAAGAGAUUCUCCAUAAAAUUAUAAAGUUCUUGGAAAUGGAAUCACCUGCAGAGUUCAAAGAAGAAAUAAUUAAUAUUUUGAAACAAUAUUUGGAGGCAGAAUUUGUUACAAAAAGUGACAUUCACUUCAUUUUGCCAAAUUUAAUUGAUAUUUUUGUUGACGAAACAUGCUCAAAUGAUAUGAGAUUUAAUAUAAUAGAAAUCAUCCAAAACUUGUCUUAUGGAGAACUUCAACAAGAAAUAACUGAAAUAAUGAAGCAAAAAACGGAAUUUUUGAAUUUAAUUUUGCAAAAUUUGACGAAAGACAAUUUUGAACAAUUUAAAGAAUUCGUUGACAAAUGUGAUAUUUUACCAGUUAUUUUUGAAAUUGUAAGAAGUCAAAUUUCCAAAGAAAACUUUGACAACAAAUUCAUUUUAUCAUUAAUUGAAGAAAAAUCCGAAAUUGGAAAAUAUUUUUCAGAAAAAGAGUUCUUAGAAAUGUCAAUUAACUUGAUUACUUUGCAAAACCCAGAAAUGGUCAAGUUUGGCGUUGAUUUCUUUUAUAAAUUAGCAGAUAAAUCAGAAAUUGUAAACGAAUAUGUCACUUUUCUGAUUAAUUUGAUAUUGACGACAGAUAAUGAAGAUAACAAAGAAAACAUAUUCAAAUUGUUCUGGAAAAUAAGUGAAAUAAAUGAAGUUUACAAAACUGCUUUUGUCACUUUUGUUGAUGAUUUAGUAAACUUAAGAAUUGAGCGGUUUAACUAUGAUUAUCAUUUAUUCAACCAGUCGUCGACGAAAAGUGUUGGAUUAUUGAAUUUAGGAAGUACUUGUUUCUUCAAUGCUGUUAUUCAACAACUAUUUCAUCUUCCUUGUUUUACAUAUAUAAUAUUAACUGAGAAAUUUGAAAAUGACAUUUCUAUGCAUCAUUUACAAAGGAUGCUUUCUGAAUUAUUGAUUUCCAAACAAAGGUAUUCAGAUCCGAAAUCUUUCUUUGAUGAAUGGAAAGGAUGGAAUUCCCAGAAAAUCAAUGUAAAAGAACAACAAGAUGCUUCCGAAUUCAUGACCAUUUUCAUUGAUAAAUUACCACCUGAUACUUCCAAACUUUUCAAGGGAUCUUCUGUUUGGACUGUAAGAGAUUUAGAAGGAAAUAUCCUCAAAAGAAUUGAAGAAGACUUUACAACAAUAAGUUUGCAAGUGAGGUCAUUUUCAAACAUGAAUUCUUCUUUGAAUGGAUUUGCUAAACCAGGAAUGUUGACAGGAGAUAACCAAUACGAAUCAGACGGACAAAAGAUUGAUGCACAACAUCUUACACGUCUCAAAGUUUGUCCUCCAAUUUUGUUCUUCCAGUUAAGAAGAUUCGAAUACAACACAAGAACAGGAACAAGAGACAAAAUCAAUGACAAAUUUGACAUUUCUUUGAAAAUUAAAAUAGAUCCAUUACUUGAAACAAAUGAGAAACAAAACUAUUACUUAUUAAAUGGAAUAAUUAUGCACAGUGGCGGUGCAGAUUCAGGACAUUAUUUGUCAUAUGUGAAAAUCCAAAAUAAUUGGAUUGAAUUCAAUGAUAGCGAAGUUUCUUUUAUCGACCAAGAAACUGUUUUAGAAAAAGCUGCUGCAAAAGGUACUUUGGAAAACUGUUCCGCUUAUAUUUUGGUAUAUGUCAAAGAAAAUUUCAUUCAAACUGAUGAUAAUGAUGAAAUGGUUACGUUUAAUGAUUUAGAAAAAUAUAUUCCUAAAGAUAUGAAAGAAGAAAUAUAUAAAAUGAAUGAAAUCUUCAUGAAAACACAGUUCGCUUUCUCUAGAAUUUUCUUGAAUUAUAUGAUGAAUGACGAUAACAGCGGUUUUGACAAGAAAUUGAAUUUCUUUUUCCAUAUUUUCUUGCAUGCUGAUUACAAAGAAUUUCCAACGAGGUUCUUCGACAAAAUGAUUCGUCAAAGCUCAUUUAAUGACUCCAAUUUGAAGCUGGUUAUUUCAGAACACACUGAUGAUGUUAUAGAAUUGUAUUUGAGUUUGACAAAUACAGAUAUUGUGAGCAAACUUAAUGUAUUCAUUUCAUCAUUGUCAGUACAAUUAACUGAUGAUGAUAAACUGUUCGAGUUCUAUCAGACAGUUGUUGACAGAUUGGAAUUAUUCGUUGAAAAUAGAAUGAACGUCAAAAAUAUUUUGAAACUGAUUUAUGAUUUUUCAUUCAAUCAAAAAGAAAAAUGUCAAGUUUUUGUUGACAAAAUCCAAGAAUUUAUAGUUCUAAAUUACGAGAAGGCUGAACAAAUGGCAUUAACAUAUAAGUCUAACCUGUUUAUUGGUGAUGUCUUCAAUAUUUUAAGUUUGUAUUUGGAUUCAGUCAAAAUUAAAAUCCUUUUGAAAUAUUCUGACAUGAUUAUUAUGACUUAUUCCAACAGACAUCCUUUCUAUAAUUUACUAGUUUUGUUAUAUGAAAAUGAUAAGAUUGAUGAUGAAUUUUUCUUGGAAACAGCAAGAGCAAAUCCAUCUGCAAUGUUUUCUGAAUUUAGAAAGAAAUUUGAUACAAUGAAAAUUGAAAAAUCAAUUAUUAUUGUCACUUUUUAUGAAAGAUUCCAUUCAUUAAGGGAUGAAAUUCUCAAGUUCUUGAUUACAAAGGAUUCAAUUAAUUAUGUACAAAGCUGUAGAUUGUUAUCAAAACCAUUAAUUUCACUUUUAUUUGCAAACAAAGAAGAAGAUCGAAAAUCAGCAAGAAAUAUAAUAGAAAUUGGUUUCCCUGUAAUGAGAAACGAUGACAUUCUUGAGAAUUACAGUGAAAACGAUGACUUUUUAGACUUUGUUGAUGAAUUUUUGAAAUAUUUCGUUAAAUUCGCAAAUUCAGAAGAAAAGAAAGAUGAAAAAGUGAUGAAAGAUGUAUUAAAUUAUAUUGUUAUUCUUUGUCCAUUUAUGCGUGAAGAAGAAGACUUAGCUAUAGUAUCUUUAAUCACGAAUUCUUCAGAACAAAAUGAGAUUUUCAAUUAUUUAAUGUUUUGUUCUUUGUUGGGUUCUGAUUUCGCCGAAAAAUAUUUCACACAGAUCAUGGAAAUCGUUAUGAAUAAGAUUCCUCAUUAUGAUGAAAACAGAGUCAGUGAUGAAACAACAUCAGUUUUGGCUGCUUUGACUUGUUUUGCAAUGAAUUUAGAUUAUAAUUCUGAUGAAAUUAAGAAUUUCUUGUCUCAGGAAGUCAUGAAGUUGUUCAAAAAUGUGAUGAAAACACAUGGAAAAGAUACUUCUGAAUAUUUGUUCCUUGAAACUGCUUACAAUGAAAUCGAAAAUUCGAAAUCAGAAAAAUAA